UUGUUAGGCAAAAAUCCGAACCUCUCCUUCUUCCAUCAUCCAUUUCUAACACCCAAAACAAAGCUCCAAAAUUGGCACAUCAAUGGCGAAGCUGGCGGAACAGGAAUCUCAGAGCAAGGAGAACAUGAAGAACGCCAUGUUAAAGCACGAACAGACAUUUCGUCAUCAAGUGUAUGAACUCCACAGAUUGUACAGAAUUCAGAAGCUUUUGAUGAAGAACAUAACAGAAAACAGAGGAAAAACAGAGAGAUGGGAAGUGAAAAAUGAAGAUGAAGAUGAAGAUUAUGAAAAAGAGAGUGAUUUUAUUGAAGAAAGUGAGGUUGAAUUGACAUUGGGACCUUCAAAUUACAGCAAUCAAGUUGGUGGAGGAAGGAGAAGAAGAAGAAAGAGCUGCUUCUCUUCUUCUUCUUCGUCUUCAACCACUGGCUCUGCUCAAAAAAGUCGAAGCUUUUACAGACAUGGUGAGCUUGUUGGUGGCUCUGAAAUGGGGUUUGUGGGGUUUCUUGAAGAUGAGAUGAGGCUUUCACAGCACCAUCCAAAUCCAUGGCUUUGUCAACCUCUAACCCUUAAUCUCACUUCAUAAACACUUUGAUUCUUUUAUGUUCUGGAUUGUUUUUACUUUUUUUUAGCUUAUUUUUUAGUUUUCUUGGCUGAUUGGGCGUCUAAUCUUCUCUUUGUACAAGUUUAUAACUAAGUUAGUAUAAUUAUCAUCA